AUGCCAGGCUUCAAUGAGAUACCUAGUGAAAUUUUACAGCAGAUUUUUGCAUAUGUUCAGACAAGCGCCAAGUACAAGAAAAGUUGGAUGGUGCAAUAUCAGCUUGUCUGUAAGAGAUGGAGCCAGGUUGCAAGGACGUGUCUGUAUAGCCUCGUAGAUUUAUGCAACGAUGAGACCAUGGAAAGAUUUUUACACUGUAUGAAAAACAGCAGCGCAGGGCACCUUACUCGAACCAUAUGCCUUAGCACAAGAUACCGAAAAUAUGAAACAGCAGAGCUUUACAUCAAUGAACUUGUUGAAGCCUGUCCAAACGUAGAACGCGUUAAGGGUUUGAUUAGUAACUAUGAUUCUUGGCGUACUAUUACCACUGCCGCAUCAAAGCACUGGCCUCAUAUAAAGGAACUUACUAACCCUUUUGACUUAACUGAACACCGCAAUUACUUUGAUUGUUACAACAUACUUAUUUCGCUUUUUCGUCAUUCACUCACUCACGUCUAUUUACCACCAGAGCAUCCUUCUACUCCCAUAAUGAAAGAACUCUGUCAGCGAUUACCAGAGUUUAGCAACUUAACGCACUUGAUUAUCGACAAGAUGGAAAUCUUUUGGUCACUUAUAGACUAUGAUGAAAUAAUCCAGCUUUGCCCUAACUUGACAUCUUUAAUCGUAAACUCAAAGACGCCUUAUUCGGAUAAACAUCAAGUCUUUACGCGUGUGUCGGGUCAGUCAUCUAGGCAUUGUUGA